AUGCAGUUCAUUCUUCUUGGCAGCACUGCUUCUGGAAGUUCACGAAACGGCGGACGGCCCGGUCACCGCACACCAUCAUCCGCGGCACCCCGCAUCCCAAUCCUCAUCACCUGCAGCAACGAGACCACCUCGGAGUUCCACACAUGCCCCAGCGCAGCAACGACGUGUCCAUCGCCGUCAGCAUCGUCAUCAUCCUCCAAACAGCGCCCGGCACCAUCGACGACGACGUGCCCGGAAUACUUCCGGUUCAUCCACUCGGACCUGUCGCCGUGGCGCGACGCGGGGAUCACGCGGGAGGCGGUGGAGCGCGCGCGCGACAAGGCGACGUUCCGGCUGGUGGUGGUGGCCGGGCGCGCCUACGUGGACAAGUACCGCCCGGCCUUCCAGACACGAGACGUGUUCACGCUGUGGGGAAUCCUGCAGCUGCUGGCACGCUACCCGGGUCGCGUCCCGGACCUGGACCUCAUGUUCUUCUGCGACGACACCCCCGUGGUGCACGCCGCGGCCUACCCCGACCCGUCCGUGGCGCCGCCGCUCUUCAUGUACUGCAAGAACGACAGCGCGCUGGGUAUCGUCUUCCCGGACUGGACAUUCUGGGGCUGGCCGGAAGUGAACAUCCGGCCGUGGGCGCCGUUCCUGGAGGAGGUGGAGCGCGAGAGCCGGCGAGUGCCCUGGCACUACAGGGAGCCGUACGCGUUCUGGAAGGGCAAUCCCGACGUCGGGGGCUUGCGCAGUGACCUUAUGCGAUGCAAUGGCUCCGAUUGGAACGCGCGCCUCGUCAGGCAAGAUUGGGAGGAUGCCGAUCGGAAUGGCUUUAAAGACUCCAAUUUGGCGAAACAAUGCACCUACAGGUACAAGAUCUAUGUGCAAGGGAGAACAUGGUCAGUGAGCCAGAAGUACAUCCUGGCCUGUGGCUCUCCGAUGCUGCGCAUCCAGACAUCCUUCGACGACUUUUUCUCCCGGGGGCUCGUUGCCGGCAAGCAUUACUGGCCCAUUGACGCUGACGGCAUGUGCCCAUCCAUCAAGUCGGCGGUAGACUGGGGCAACGCCCACCCAGUGCAGGCGCAGCGAAUGGGCGAGGAGGGCAGCAGCUUCGCCCGGGACGAGCUGAGCAUGGACUAUGUCUACGACUACAUGCUGCACCAGCUCGCUCAGUAUGCCAGGCUGCUCCGGUAUAGAGCCACCGUCCCGAAGAACGCCACCGAGCUCUGCCUGGAGUCCAUGGCUUGCCCUGCGGAUGGGCGUGCUGGUGAGUUCAUGAUGGAGUCCAGGGAAAAGUAUGUCGCCGACUAUGAGCCUUGCUCACUGCCUCCACCUUUCACCUUAUAUUACAAAGUUGGGAAGAGGGUCGGGGAGGUGGGCAGCAAAGUGAAAAGGAUGGAGGAGCAAGAGUGGAAGGAAACCUAGUUGGAUCCAUGUCAGGGAUGGUUAAACAUUUGUUGGUAUACCGUGUAGAAAUCAGAGGGCAGUAGGAGGAACGGUGUCGCCCUAUCUUGGGUCGAUGCACCGGCUGCGUGUUGAUUCAA